AUGAUGAAACUGGCUCUCAUGAGGACCGCCACAGGGAAGGAAGAGUUACCUCAGCUGCAGAGGAUAAACAAAGAACCAGCUGUCCCUGCACCCUCAGCCACCCCAGUUCCAGCCCCUGCUCCAGCCCCUGCUCCAGCCCCAGCCAAGGAGGAGGAGACGAAGAAGGAGCAGCCAGAGAGUCAGAUGGAGAACAAAUCGGCAGCAGUUGGUUCGUCUUGUAGUGAGGAUGAUGAUGAUGAUGAUGAUGAUGAUGAUGAUGAUGAUGACGACAGUGAUGAAGAUAGUUCUGAUGAGGAAAGUUCUGAUGAGGAAAGUUCUGAUGAAGAUGACGAUGAGGAAGAUGAGGAAGAUGAUGACCUUGAUGACAAGCCUCUGUCUUUGGUGUGGCCGGACACCAGAUGUAAACAGGCCACCUAUCUGUUCCUCCUGCCUAUAGUCUUCCCUCUGUGGCUCACCGUGCCCGACGUCCGUAACCCGAUAUAUAAGAGGUUUUUUGUGAUCACCUUCCUGGGGUCUAUCCUAUGGAUCGCCGUCUUCUCCUACCUCAUGGUGUGGUGGGCACAUCAGGUGGGAGAGACCAUAGGCAUCUCAGAGGAGAUCAUGGGCCUAACUAUCCUGGCUGCAGGAACGUCCAUCCCUGACCUCAUCACUAGUGUUAUUGUGGCCCGUAAAGGACUGGGGGAUAUGGCUGUGUCCAGUUCUGUGGGCUCCAACAUCUUCGACAUCACCAUGGGCCUGCCAGUCCCGUGGUUAUUGUGGUCGUCGUUCCAUGGUUUUGCUCCGGUGCCCGUCAGCUCCAACGGUCUGUUCUGUGCCAUUGUGUUGCUCUUCCUCAUGCUCCUCUUCGUCAUCAUCAGUAUUGCUGUGUGUAAGUGGAGGAUGAACAAGAUGCUGGGAUCUACCAUGUUCCUUCUCUAUUUUGUCUUCCUGGUGCUGAGUGUUCUGCUAGAGGACAGAGUUAUCAUCUGUCCUGUGUCCAUCUGACACUAUUGUCUUCCUGGUGCUGAGUGUUCUGCUAGAGGACAGAGUUAUCAUUGGUUGAAUUUAUUUGACAAUUUGUCAAAUACAUAUGGGCACUUCAGCCGGUGACACCUCCACAAAAUAGUUUGCUUCAUAACAUGAGAUAAUUAGUACAAUUUCCUAAUAAACAUUAAGUGCACACACACCCAAACGUACACGCACACACACAAAUGCAUACACACACACACAGAAAGAUACACACACGUGCUGGAGGAUCAAGUCAUUAUAUGCUCUGUUUCCAUCUGAGACUGAUUGUGUGAGGCCUCUCUUUUGGGGCUGAUUGUGUGAGGCCUCUCUUUUGGGGCUGAUUGUGUGAGGCCUCUCUUUUGUCCAGCAUGGUGUCUGACCAGAUGAGUCUACAGGCAUGGUUCCAAAUUAAAUAGAUACUUCAGUUUAAAGAAAGUCGCUAACUAGCAUUUGCGAGUAGAUACCAUAGGCUUCCAGUCAUUGCGCUAACACUAGUUAGCAUUGGCUCACGGAACUACCUCUAAUUUUCUUCAUAUUGGAUGCAGAGACAUACAGAUGGUAUCCAUGAGUUCAUUUGACUCUGGGGAAGUACAUAAAGUGCUUCUUUGCCAACAUCCAGAAGUAUCCCUUCAACAUUUUUCAUUGGUAGCACUGGUGCUCCCAACUUUAAAAAGUUAGGAGCACCACAUGAAACUUAGAAGCACCAGAAAACAGGAUGUGUUUAAUUCAGAGAUACAGCCUAUAUUAGGCUUUUAUGAAUUCUACUUUUGAAGCAUGUGUUGUGUCCUAGAAACUAAUAUGUAACACGGUAAAGAAAUGUGUUUAUUAUAAAAGCUAAAAUGUUGAUACUAAUACCUGUCAUUGACAUUACAAAAGUUAUUGCAUUGUGUAAAAGCACAAUUUUCCUAUUGAGAUACAUUGAAUUGGAAAUUGUACACUGUCCCUUUAAACACUUCAGGUUUGUGAUGACAACAUGCAAGAGAUCUGUCAUUCAUUCAUUGCUGUGAUCAUUGACCUCCUGAAGAAGAUAUCCCUCUUCCUUUCUUUCUGUGUCCCCAGAUGUUCGGAUAUACUGGUGAAGUUACCAGGUUGUUAGCUAGCUAGCCAAUGAGGUAACAUGACUGAACGAAGUAUAAACAAGUGGUUAACGACGCACAAGUAGUUUUGGAAUGGCCCAAAACAUAAUUUCAGAAUGUAAAAUGUGGUCCCUGCGAUCCGCUAUAGACAAUCCGCUAUAGACAAGUUGGUUGUUUCGCAAGCUAGCUACCUAGCAAAUUUUAGCCAUAUUACAAUAGACACCUCUAUUAGAAAACACAUCAAAACAAGACAUGGUAUUAACAAGAUCAAACGAGUCACUUACUAUUCGCCACAUGGCAGCUUCUCGUCAUUGUAGCUAGCUGUCUGGCCAUCCAGAACCAUAACAACACAUGGCAGCUUCUCGUCAUUGUAGCUAGCUGUCUGGCCAUCCAGAACCAUAACAACACAUGGCAGCUUCUCGUCAUUGUAGCUAUCUGUCUGGCCAUCCAGAACCAUAACAACACAUGGCAGCUUCUCGUCAUUGUAGCUAGCUGUCUGGCCAUCCAGAACCAUAACAACACAUGGCAGCUUCUCGUCAUUGUAGCUAGCUGUCUGGCCAUCCAGAACCAUAACAACACAUGGCAGCUUCUCGUCAUUGUAGCUAGCUGUCUGGUCAUCCAGAACCAUAACAACACAUGGCAGCUUGUUGUCAUUGUAGCUAGCUGUCUGGCCAUCCAGAACCAUAACAACACAUGGCAGCUUGUUGUCAUUGUAGCUAGCUGUCUGGCCAUCCAGAACCAUAACAACACAUGGCAGCUUGUUGUCAUUGUAGCUAGCUGUCUGGCCAUCCAGAACCAUAACAACACAUGGCAGCUUGUUGUCAUUGUAGCUAGCUGUCUGGCCAUCAGAACCAUAACAACACAUGGCAGCUUCUCGUCAUUGUAGCUAGCUGUCUGGCCAUCCAGAACCAUAACAACACAUGGCAGCUUCUUGUCAUUGUAGCUAGCUGUCUGGCCAUCCAGAACCAUAACAACACAUGGCAGCUUCUCGUCAUUGUAGCUAGCUGUCUGGCCAUCCAGAACCAUAACAACACAUAGCAGCUUGAUGUCAUUGUAGCUAGCUGUCUGGCCAUCAGAACCAUAACAACACAUGGCAGCUUCUCGUCAUUGUAGCUAGCUGUCUGGCCAUCCAGAACCAUAACAACACAUAGCAGCUUGUUGUCAUUGUAGCUAGCUGUCUGGCCAUCAGAACCAUAACAACACAUGGCAGCUUCUCGUCAUUGUAGCUAGCUGUCUGGCCAUCCAGAACCAUAACAACACAUUAAAGCUAUUCACUUUAUUGUACAGUAGAAGAUGUUUUAACUCAGUUUUUAGGGAAACACUUGUGACAUUCUCUCGUUGGGUUAAACCACAGAAGAUAUUUUGACCUGGUUGGGCUAGAAGCAGGCCGUUUUCGCUGUGGUAAUGAUAUAACCAUGACGCUAACUAAUCUGUUCUCACUUUGUUCUCUAACUGUGGUACAGAGAAGCCUGAUCAUUACAAUGUAUUAUCUGGGAGAUUCUUUUCCUAGUCGCUCCCAAAAUAAAACUACUGGUCAUACAACAAAAUAUUUCAUAUGCCACCAAACUGGUCGCACUUAACAGCCCCCAGUCACUGUCCGGCUCGAUGGACCUUUGAAUGCAUCAUCAAAAUAUCCCAAUCAUUUAAUUUCUAAAAGCUGUAGCAAUGUCUACAUUGAGUCGUUGGUGGAUUACGACUAUCCGAGGCUCUCUGACUGGCAACACAGUCAACACAAUGUCAAUUGAGAUGUUGCCAAAUUUCAAAUCACUUAAAAAAUGUCUGGUUUUGACUUUCAGAAAUGCUGACCUAAGUAUAAAGAAGUGCGAGUAGUGAAACGAGUUGUAUUAUUUAUUUUAUUAAUAAUAUAAUAUUAUUACCAACAAUUACUUUAUUGCUUUAAGUAACGUGAUAAAAGCCCAAGUAGAAAACAAGGCAGUUGAAUAAUAGAUGAAAAGCUACUGUUCUCACUCAGUAGAAAACAAGGCAGUUGAAUAAUAGAUGAAAAGCUACUGUUCUCACUCAGUAGAAAACAAGGCAGUUGAAUAAUAGAUGAAAAGCUACUGUUCUCACUCAGUAGAAAACAAGGCAGUUGAAUAAUAGAUGAAAAGCUACUGUUCUCACUCAGUAGAAAACAAGGCAGUUGAAUAAUAGAUGAAAAGCUACUGUUCUCACUCAGUAGAAAACAAGGCAGUUGAAUAAUAGAUGAAAAGCUACCGUUCUCACUCAGUAGAAAACAAGGCAGUUGAAUAAUAGAUGAAAAGCUACCGUUCUCACUCAGUAGAAAACAAGGCAGUUGAAUAAUAGAUGAAAAGCUACCGUUCUCACUCAGUAGAAAACAAGGCAGUUGAAUAAUAGAUGAAAAGCUACCGUUCUCACUCAGUAGAAAACAAGGCAGUUGAAUAAUAGAUGAAAAGCUACUGUUCUCACUCAGUAGAAAACAAGGCAGUUGAAUAAUAGAUGAAAAGCUACCGUUCUCACUCAGUAGAAAACAAGGCAGUUGAAUAAUAGAUGAAAAGCUACUGUUCUCACUCAGUAGAAAACAAGGCAGUUGAAUAAUAGAUGAAAAGCUACUGUUCUCACUCAGUAGAAAACAAGGCAGUUGAAUAAUAGAUGAAAAGCUACCAUUCUCACUCAGUAUCAAGGUUAUUUAUGUUUGUAUUCAGAUCCGAUUUCCUAUUUUAUAUUUAGUUUUAUACAAACAUUUCAUUUUCGUUUUCAUGUUAUUUAGUUUCAAUGUUAGUGUCACGUCUACCCCCCUCUGGAGAUCGACGUUGCCGGUUUACGAAAAACCGGUCCUGGGGUCCAUCAUUACCUACAUGUCAUCAUGAACCUCCAUUACCUCCCCUUUAUCCGUCACUCCCUUAGGUCCCCAGGCAGUAUGAUGCUGUGAGAUGAAGCUACUGUUGUCUGGUUCUAUGUUUGUUGUUUUAUUAAACGUUUCGCCUGCUU